AUGGUUGGCUGUUCAUGGCCUGGCUGUACCUACCGUCUUUUUUUUGGGGUCAAUAUCAGCAAUGCAGUUCAUCCAACGAUAAACCUAAUCCCGAAUUAUAGAGCUAUGACACAAUCAAACCCGAAUGAACAAAGUGUUGAAUUGAAUCGUACCAGUCUCUACUGGGGGUUAUUACUCAUUUUUGUACUUGCUGUUUUAUUUUCCAAUUAUUUUUUCAAUUAG